AGUAUUUUGUAAUCACUAUUUAUUUUUUGUAAUCUUGUCUCUUCGACGGCCGACAACAAUUUAAAUUUUUUAUGAGAUGUUUUUCUUUUAAAUAUUUAUGUUUAUUAAAUUUAAUUUUUCCAUUAUAAUACAUCAUAAUGAAUCCUGGUAUCCCAAUUUUUCCAACUAUGAUCCCAAAUAUCGUCAAUCCGUUAUGGUUUAGUGUUGAUGAGCCUAAAAACGAAGAUACAGAGCUUAUACGAAUAGAGAGUAUCCACCAAAAUUGGUUACUUACAUUAACAAAUAAAAUCAAUGAUAAAGACUUUCCAGUACCAAUUGGCAAAACGGCGACUGAAGUGCAAGAUGAAGAGGAUGAAGAGGAUGAGGAGGAAGAAGUUAAUGCUUCAGAUGAUAGUGAAACCCAUGAUGAGGAAGAUGAUGAUGUUGAAAUGGAUGUUACCAAUACAUAUGAUCGAGAUUCGCCCAUUUCUGUUUCUACUAGAUAAAAAUAAAUAAUAAUAAUUAUGGUUUUAAAUCAUUGAUAAUGAUGGGAAAAAUUGUAUACUCAUUUAAAUAUUUCAUCAUGUAAUACAUCUAAAUAAGUGUUAAAUACAUCUUUAAAUUAUUUUCAUUCAUCAUA